AAGCCUCUUCACUCCUUUCUUUCUUCUUCUUCUUCUAGUUUUACACUUUUACUCCUCCAAGUUUCCUCUGCUUCUUCUUCUUCACAAGAGGUUGAAGAUGUCAGCACCGAAAUCGGGUGGUGAUCCAGCGCCACAUCCGCCGAAAGAGCAGCUUCCGGAUAUCUCUUACUGCAUCACAAGUCCUCCUCCAUGGCCCGAGGCUGUUCUGCUUGGGUUUCAGCACUACCUAGUGAUGCUUGGAACAACAGUUUUGAUUCCAUCUGCUCUUGUUCCGCAAAUGGGAGGUGGAAAUGAAGAGAAGGCGAAGCUGAUUCAGACAAUACUGUUUGUAGCUGGAUUGAACACGUUGCUCCAAACAGUGUUUGGAACUAGACUACCUGCUGUGAUUGGAGCAUCGUAUACAUUUGUCCCAGUUACAAUCUCAAUCAUGCUUUCUGGGAGAUUUAACGACGUUGCAGAUCCAGUUGAACGAUUUAAGAGGAUCAUUCGGGCAACCCAAGGUGCUCUAAUAGUUGCGUCAACUCUUCAAAUAAUUAUUGGCUUCAGUGGCCUUUGGCGUACUGUUGUAAGGUUCUUAAGUCCUCUCUCUGCUGCUCCUCUUGUUGGAUUAGUUGGUUAUGGCCUGUACGAGUUAGGUUUUCCUGGUGUUGCUAAGUGCAUCGAGAUUGGACUUCCGGGGCUUAUUAUUCUUAUACUUAUAUCACAGUAUAUGCCCCAUAUUAUAAAGGGAGGAAAACAUGUCUUUGCUCGGUUUGCUGUCAUAUUUUCUGUGGCGAUAGUAUGGCUUCUUGCUUUCUUUCUUACAAUCGGUGGAGCCUAUAAUGGUGUUGGGACAAAUACUCAAAGAAGCUGUCGGACUGAUCGUUCUGGGCUCAUAAGUUCUGCUCCAUGGAUAAGAGUUCCAUGGCCAUUCCAGUGGGGAGCACCAUCGUUUGAUGCCGGUGAAGCCUUUGCCAUGAUGAUGGCUUCUUUUGUUGCUCUUGUUGAGGUUUGUUUCACUCAUCUUCACCGUGUGUUGGUUAAGGCAUUAAUAUCCAUGGAGAAUGCGGGUCUGCUAGCACUUACAAAAGUUGGUAGCCGGAGAGUUGUCCAAAUAUCUGCAGGCUUUAUGAUAUUCUUCUCAGUUCUUGGGAAGUUCGGGGCAGUGUUUGCAUCAAUACCUUCUCCUAUCAUAGCUGCCUUGUAUUGUCUCUUCUUUGCGUAUGUAGGUGCUGGAGGACUGAGUUUGCUGCAAUUCUGCAACCUGAAUAGCUUCAGAACAUUGUUCAUCUUGGGCUUCUCAAUCUUCCUAGGCCUAUCGAUUCCACAGUAUUUCAAUGAGCACACAGCCAUCAAAGGUUAUGGUCCAGUUCAUACUGGAGCAAGAUGGUUCAACGACAUGGUCAAUGUGCCCUUCUCGUCCAAGGCCUUUGUGGGAGGAUGUGUUGCUUACUUGUUGGACACGACGCUUCACAAGAAAGAUGGCUCGAUCAGGAAAGACAGAGGUAAACACUGGUGGGACAGAUUCUGGACUUUCAAGAACGACCCGAGAACCGAAGAGUUUUAUGCUCUUCCUUUCAACCUCAACAAAUACUUCCCUUCUGACUGAAAAGUUCCUUCCGAACUCUAUGUAAUGCUAUUUGCUAGUUUUGUGUCACUUAGGUAGACACAGCUUAUCUAGCUAGGUUUAUGUGCAUACUCGGUGAGGGAGACUAGAAACACAAAGUUGUAGAAACAUUAAAUGUUUUUUUCUAUGUUUAGAUGUUUUGCAUUAUUAAGGAUGAUUCUCGUUUUGCCAAAUGUAGAACUCGAGUAUGUACGCCGAGUUUUAGUGCAAA